AUGGACAAGGGCGCGGCGCUGGCUUCCUCAGAUAUCGUCCACCAAAACCCGGCGGGGGUCACCGCCAUCGGCAUCGGCGGCACGGGGUCCUCGUCGUUGUCGUCGUUCGCGAGCUGGCGCGCGUACGGGUGCGCGCUAGCGCAGACCCCGCGCCGCCUGUCGCGCCGCGCGUUUGCCGCGACGGCGGCCCGGGAGGAGAUGAGCCGCGUGCGCGCGCGGUCGGGCGCCGACAUGGCGCGCGCGCUGCGGUGGUGGGACCUCGUCGGGCUGGGCCUCGGCGGCAUGGUGGGCGCCGGCGUCUUCGUCACCACGGGCCGCGCCGCCAGGCUCUACUCGGGGCCCGGCGUCGUGGUUUCCUACGCCAUUGCGGGGCUCUGCGCGCUGCUCUCCGCCUUCUGCUACACCGAGUUCGCCGUCGACUUGCCCGUCGCCGGCGGCGCAUUCAGCUACCUCCGCGUCACGUUCGGGGAGGUGGCGGCGUUCCUGACGGGAGCGAACCUGAUCAUGGAGUACGUCUUCUCCAACGCCGCCGUGGCGCGCAGCUUCACGGCGUACCUCGGCACGGCGGUCGGCGUGGACGCGCCCAGCCAGUGGCGGAUCACUGUGCACGGCCUGCCCGACGGGUUCAACCAGGUGGACCUCGUCGCCGUCGCCGUCAUCCUCCUCAUCACCGUCUGCAUCUGCUACAGCACCAAGGAGAGCUCGGUGGCGAACAUGGUGCUGACGGCGGUCCACGUGGCGUUCAUCCUGUUCAUCAUCGGCAUGGGGUUCCGGCACGGCGACGCGCGCAACCUGACGCGGCCGGCGGACCCGUCCCGCAGCCCCGGCGGGUUCUUCCCGCACGGCGCCGUGGGCGUGUUCAACGGCGCGGCCAUGGUGUACCUGAGCUACAUCGGCUACGACGCCGUGUCCACCAUGGCCGAGGAGGUGCAGCGGCCCGCGCGCGACAUCCCCGUCGGCGUCUCGGGAUCCGUCGUCCUCGUCACCGUGCUCUACUGCCUCAUGGCCGCCUCCAUGUCCAUGCUCCUUCCCUAUGACGCGAUUGACCCGGAGGCGCCGUUCUCGGGGGCGUUCAAGGGGCGGGAGCGGUGCGCGUGGGUGUCCAACGUCAUCGGCGCCGGCGCCAGCCUCGGCAUCCUCACCUCGCUGAUGGUGGCCAUGCUGGGGCAGGCGCGGUACCUGUGCGUCAUCGGCCGCUCUGGCGUCAUGCCGGCGUGGCUCGCCCGGGUCAACCCCCGCACCGCCACCCCCGUCAACGCAUCCGCCUUCCUCGGCGUCUUCACGGCGGCGCUGGCGCUGUUCACGGAGCUGGACAUCCUGCUGAACCUCGUCUGCAUCGGCACGCUCUUCGUCUUCUACAUGGUGGCCAACGCCGUCGUGUACCGCCGCUACGCCGGCUCCGUCUCCGAGCCCGCCGCCCGCGGCGGAGGCGGCGGCGCGAGAUGGCCGACGCUCGCGUUCCUCACCGUCUUCUCCCUGGCCGCGCUCGCCUUCACGCUGGCGUGGAAGCUGGCGCCGCCCGAGCCGCGGGGCGUGCGUGCGGGCCUCCUGGCGGCGUGCGCGGCGCUGGCGGUGGCCGCGGUCGCCGCGUUCCAGGCGCUGGUGCCGCAGGCGCGCGUCCCCGAGCUGUGGGGCGUCCCCGGGAUGCCCUGGGUGCCCGCCGCGUCCGUCUUCCUCAACGUCUUCCUGCUGGGGUCACUCGAUCGCCCCUCCUACGUCCGCUUCGCCAUCUUCUCCGCCGCCGCGCUGCUCGCCUACGUGCUCUACAGCGUGCACGCCAGCUACGACGCCGAGGAGAGCGGGCGGCUCGAUGGCGACGGCGGCGGCAAGGUACAGGACGAAGCGUGCACGGUGGUGUAG